CCAGAAAAAUGCUGUUUGGAUGAAACGAUAGACAAAAAAAAAAGCCGAGAACUUUGGAAAAACAGAGCACCAGAGUUCAUCUUCUUCGUUUGGUGUCGAGAUUGUUCGUGUCCUGAAGCUGAUGGAACUCGGGCAUAUCUGCAUUUCGAAGUCCGACGAUGAUGUCGAGUCACCAGAAUCCUCGGACAGAACAGGAGGAGCUCCUAUGUCUUGCGGAAUGAAUUGCGCAUUUUCCGGGAAAGAACAGAGAAAUUCCGAUUCCAAAGAACGCGAAGAAUCCGUCAGAAGACUCGUCAGCCUAAUCUUUCUAUACCUCGUAGUGAUGUCCAUCCAGAUCGUUGGAGGGUUAAAGGCUAAUAGCCUCGCCGUUAUUACAGAUGCUGUGCAUCUGCUCACUGACGUGGCGGGUUUCUCGGUUUCUCUCAUGGCGAUCAAGAUUUCGAGUCUGGACGCAGAUCCUCGCAACUCUUACGGAUUCAAGCGGCUCGAAGUUCUUGGGGCCCUCUUGUCCGUUCAGCUCAUAUGGCUGGUGUCCGGAGUUCUGAUCCACGAAGCCGUCGAAAGGCUUCUCAGCAGAACCAGAGAGGUGAAUGGUGAAAUCAUGUUUCUGAUUUCAGCAUUCGGGUUCUUUGUGAACUUGUUUAUGUUCAUAUGGUUAGGACACGGCCACAAUGAUCAUCAUCAUCACCACCAUCAUCAUGGUUGCAAACAUAAUGAGAGCGAGGAGACGGAUCUUUUACGGGGUGGUUCAGGAAAAAGCUCGAAGAUGAUGAACAUUAACAUCCAAGGAGCUUACCUUCAUGUGAUGGCUGACAUGAUUCAGUCACUUGGUGUCAUGAUAGGUGGAGCCAUCAUAUGGGCAAAACCCCAGUGGUUACUGGUCGAUUUGAUCUGUACUCUUGUAUUCUCUGCCUUUGCUCUUUCUGCUACCAUCCCGAUGCUCAAGAACAUAUUCAGCAUACUGAUGGAGAGCGUGCCGGGCAAUGUGGACAUAGCCAAGCUCGAGAGAGGCCUCAGACAUAUCAAUGGAGUUCAGGAUGUUCAUGAUCUCCAUGUCUGGGAGAUAACGGUGGGGAGAAUCGUGUUGUCUUGUCAUGUCUUGGCUAACCCCGGAGCAAGCCCUAGGGACAUCCUCUCCGAUGUCAGAAACUUCUGCAGAAAGGCUUAUGGGAUUCAUCAUGUGACGGUACAAGUCGAACCGGAAUAGCCAAGAGGUUCAUCAGUGUAUGCAUCUGCAAGUUUUUAGAUAGAACAAAACAUGAUAUGGUAGCUUUUGCCUUUUGUAACACAGCCUGAGACAGUGAAUAAAGAUGGAAAGAUAAAUUCUA